AUGCUGGCCGUCAUUCGCCACUUCCACGAGGGCAUGAGGGCGCGCGCCCGAACGGACGACGGGCAGUACUCGGAAUGGUUCGACGUGGGCCAAGGCCUCCGACAGGGAUGCAACCUGGCCCCGCUGCUGUUCAACUUGUUCUUUGCCGCGAUGCUCAUGGUCGCCGUGGCCGAGUUCGACAAGGACCCCAAGGUGACGGCGGACAUGGUCAAGAUCGGGACACAAGUGGAGUACACGGGCAAGAAGGGCAGGUCGGCGGGGAAGAAGACGACGGUGGUGACGGACGCGGAGGCCUUGUGAGCCAUGCUCUACGCUGACGACGCGGCC